UAUGAGAGCAGGAAUGCCACGACAAUCAGCAAAUCAAUAAAUCUACACAGCACAGCCUUUCAAAAGGUUGACAGCUGAUAACUUUCAACUGCAACAUGUUCACAUUUUAGUGCUGUGAGCAUUUCUUCAGGCGUCUGAACCUGCCUGUGGUCAGCGGUGCGUACUUCUCAAAAAAUCAACAUGGGAUUUGGCAAGACCCACAUGGACAAGAAGAAACGUAUCAUUAUAGGAGUUUUGGCUGUCUCUGUUGUAACCAUCAUAUUAGGCCUGGGUCUGGGUCUCGGACUUCAAUUGCAGAGUUGCAGGAACAAAGCGCCAGUGUCUUGUCGGAACCGGUGCUUUGAGCCCUAUGAUAGGGAAACUCAGGGUUGCCACUGUGAUGCGCAGUGCAUUGCCAGUAACAACUGCUGCUAUGACUUCCAGGAUAUCUGUCUUCAACCAACUGAGAGCUGGGAGUGCACUGCACUGCGCUGUGGAGAAAAGCGUAUCUCUGGCAGUAAGUGCCACUGCUCUGCUGACUGUCUGAGUGCCGGAGACUGUUGCACUAAUUACAACAUGAUCUGCAACGGAGUGAAGUCAUGGGUUGAGGAUGAAUGUGUGAACAUGACCACCCCAAAAUGUCCAGCCAAUUUUAAGAGGCAGCCUUUGCUGUUGAUCUCUCUGGAUGGAUUAAGAGCAGAGUAUCAGCAGACGUGGCACUCUCUCAUACCAGUGCUGGACAAGCUAAGAACAUGUGGGACGUCUACUGCCUUCAUGCAGCCUGUGUUCCCUACUGUAACUUUUCCGAACCACUACUCCAUUGUUACGGGUCUCUACACUGAGUCGCAUGGUUUGGUGCAUAACAGCAUGUAUGACCCUGUAUUUGAUGCUUCAUUCAGUCUGUCCAAUGAAGAGAAGACCGAACCCAGAUGGUACCUGGGACAACCAAUCUGGCACACAGCAAUGUAUCAAGGCCUGCGAGCAGGAACGUUCUUCUGGCCAGGAUCAGACGUAGAAAUAAAUGGAUCCUUCCCAAAUAUUUAUGAGAAAUUUGACGGAACAAUUCCAUAUGAGCUGAGAAUUCUCACUGUGCUUAAGUGGUUACAGCUGCCUGAUGAUCAGCGACCAGAUUUUAUGACGUUAUAUAUGGAAGAACCGGAUAAAUCUGGGCACAACUAUGGACCAGUCAGUGGGGGGGUGAUCAGUGCAUUACAAAAAGUGGACAUUGCUCUUGGACAACUGAUGAAUGGCCUGAAACAGCUCAAUCUUCAUGAGUGUAUCAACAUCAUUGUUUUAGCAGAUCACGGCAUGGUGGAAACCAGCUGUGACAGAAGGGAAGUUCUGCAGGAUAUAGUGGGUGACAUAUCAAACCUGUAUGUGUAUGAAGGAGCACUCGGGCGAAUCAGAGCAAGGGACAAAACAAUGACCUUGGAUGCUGCGGGGCUGGUGGCCAACAUGACAUGUAAGAAACCUGAUCAGCAGAUAAAGGCCUACCUGAAGCAUCACCUGCCCCAGCGUUUCCACUAUAUCAACAGCAGACGCAUAGAGGACGUCAGCGUGCUGGUCAACCCUCGCUGGCUUUUCGAGAGGUAUCCUGGUUCCCUCAAAUAUUGCACUGGAGGAACUCAUGGCUAUGAUAAUGAUGAGCCCAGCAUGCAGGCUAUGUUUCUGAGUUAUGGACCCAAAUUUCACUCUCAGACCGAAAUUGAGCCGUUUUCCAGCAUUGAGCUCUAUAAUCUUAUGUGCGAUGUUUUGGAAAUCACUCCAGCCGAAAAUAACGGUACCCAUGGCAGCCUGAACCACAUACUACAGUCGCCACCAUACUCGCCCCAGUAUCCGCUGGAGCAGAGCUCACCUGGCCAGUGCCCACUGACCAGCCUGGAGCCCACUGACCCGCUAGGCUGUUCCUGCCCUGCACUGGGAGGCACCAAUCCCAACUCUCGCCUCAACCUGACUGAUGCUGAAAUAGCUACAAGUGAGAGAAAACACUUGCCAUUUGGGAGACCCAGAGUGCUGCAGUCCCAGUCAAACUACUGCCUUCUCCACCAUGAAGGCUUUGCCAGCGGGUACAGCAGAGACAUAUACAUGCCUCUCUGGAGCUCAUUUACUAUAGAAAAACCGGCUGGAGACAAUGCUGGCUCACUGCCAGCAGUGACUGAAGACUGUCUGAGGCCUGAUGUUAGAGUCCCAGCGGAUCAGAGUGCGACCUGUGACCAGUAUAACAAUGCUAACAACAUCACGCAUGCCUUCCUGUAUCCACCCAGUCUAAACAGCACAGCCGAACAGCACUAUGAUGGACUGAUUCUGAGUAAUGUAGUUCCAGUGUACCCAGAGUUCAAGAAAAUAUGGCAGUACUUUCAGGAAGUCUUACUGCUGAAGUAUUCCUCCCAGUAUAAUGGGAUCAACGUGGUGACUGGACCUGCAUUUUACUAUAACCACAAUGGCGCUGCCGAUCAGAUACAGUUUGUUGCAGGAACGCGGAUUCCCAUCCCAACCCAUUACUUUGCCGUACUGACCACCUGUUUGGAUUCAAACCAACCAGUGAGUGUGUGUGUGGGGGAGUUAUACACCAUGUGUUUCAUAUUACCACACAGGCCUGACAACUCAGAAAGCUGCAUGAGCAACCAAGCGGAGUCAACCUGGGUGGAGGACCUAGUGUGGUUCCAUCAGGCACGUAUCAGUGAUGUUGAGUUACUCACAGGAUUGAACUUCUUCCAGGAUAGCGGUCGACCAAUCCCUGAGGUUCUACGCGUAAAGACCCGCCCUACUGCAGCAAUUCACAGGAAAACAUGAAACUUGUUAUUUGCACACACACUGAUUUUCUUGAGCAAUUUUCCUUUCAUGCUUGUUCAUGUUUAAAUUUUGUAUUGAACCAACAGAAUGUCUGGUUUAAAUAAACUAAAGGAAAGACUUUUCAUCAA